UGGGCGAGCUGGGAGAUUUGGACGCCCCUGCCUGGGAGGUGUGCCAGAUCUGAGCUCUCCAUCCAGUUUCUUCUCCGUUAUCCCCCCAGUGGGAGAUCUGGGACCAACCAGGCACCAUGGCACAGAAGGGCCAGCUCAGUGAUGAUGAGAAGUUCCUCUUUGUGGACAAGAACUUCAUCAACAGCCCAGUGGCCCAGGCCGACUGGUCUGCCAAGAAGCUGGUCUGGAUCCCUUCGGAGAAGCAGGGCUUCGAGGCGGCCAGCAUCAAGGAGGAGAAGGGGGAUGAGGUGAUCGUGGAGCUGGUGGAGAACGGCAAGAAGGUGACAGUCGGCAAAGAUGACAUCCAGAAGAUGAACCCACCCAAGUUCUCCAAGGUGGAGGACAUGGCAGAGCUGACCUGCCUCAACGAAGCCUCCGUGCUGCACAACCUGAGGGAGAGGUACUUCUCAGGACUCAUAUACAUAUGUGUUGGUGAUCCUAUUGAGAUCAUCUCCUUAAAGGUGAUUGCUACUGGGACCUUCUGA